CACAGAGGUUAUUUAUUACCUGAGCUGGGUACCGGGAAGCGCAGCUUUGCGCCCACCUUUUUUCAACUGACUGUAAGGGCAACUUGGGUGCUCUGAGCUGACUUUCUAGUUCUGCCUCCAGGGUUCAGUACUAGGAAACUGUGGGCGUUUUAAGUGUGAAGUCAAAGAUAAAAUACACCGCUUGAGAGAAUGCUCUCUUUCCCCUCUUUCACAUUUGCUGUGAUAGUAAGACAAGACAAGUGAGUUGCUGGGGAGAGGGAGCUAACAUAUUCUAGCGGAGCAGCUCAUGUAGCUGGAAGAAAACAGGCCAACUCUUGGCACUGAACCCUUUCUUCAGGUCUUUAAUCGCUCAGGAAAUAGAGAAGAAGAACUAAAAAGAUCCUUGAAAAUGUUGUGGACAUUGCCUCUCUCAACCACAGCUCUUUUUUCCCUACUACUUCUGUGCUUCCCAGGCCUGAAUGGUGAAGAAAAUGAAUUUCUUGGACAUUCACCAGGCUUUAUCAGUGCUUGGGAAGGAGAUUCUAUCAGCAUAACUUGCCCUAUGGAAAAUUCAGAAAAUGAAGAGGGGACGUACUUGCGGACUAGUAUACGGCCGACCAAUGUGCUGUAUCUUUCGAGGCAGAACACUUCAUUUAUCCUUCCUGCUUUAGCUGAUCGCAUAAACUAUUCAAACAAAGGAAAAAAUCUGAGGAUAGCUCUGCACAAUGUACAGAAAAAUGAUUCCGAUAUCUACCUUUGCACCAAGUUUAUAAAAAAAGGCAAUUACAUAAAGCUGGAUGGGAAAAGAACCAUGGUAGUGGUGAGAGCUAAAGAUAAUGGAGUUGUUGAACAAUCACCGCCUUCGCUCAGUGUUCAGCAAGGCCAGUCUAUCAGCAUUACUUGUUCACUGAAAAGUUCAGACGAAGAAGGGAUCUUCUUGCUCAAGACUCACAUGAAACCUGAAAGCGUGUUGUAUGUUUCAAAGCAGAAUACUUCAACUAUCUUUCCCGCUUUUGCAAAUCGCUUGCAGUAUGCAAAGCAAGAGAAGACAUUAGUGAUAAUUCUGCACAACCUACAACCAAUCGACAGUGAUGUAUACAUGUGUGUUGGAGUGUUUAACAGUUCUACUUUCCUCUCACUGAAUGGAAGUGGCACCAUGGUGCUGGUUAAAGAUGCAGAAAUGGAGCAGACAGGGUGCAGCAAUAAUUCCUGGGACUUCUAUGCUCUUAUCAUGGUGGUGGUGCUGCUGUUUUCUGCACUGGUAUGCUGCGUCUUCUACCAUGUCGAUAUAAAGAAAUAUUUCCAGAAAAGAAAACUAAAUGCCGUAUAUGAAGAUAUGUCUUUUAGUUCUAGACAUAACACCUUGGUCAGAAGGAACACUUACUGCAACAAUUAACCUCCUGCUAGCUGGAAUCAUGCAUGGAUCACCAACCAGCUCCUUUCCAGGUCUUUCUGCGAGCUGCCUUAGCAACUUGAUGCAGUAGAUGAAUUGAAAAUGCUGUCAUCUACCUUCGUGAAAGGAAAUAGCUGCUUCAUUGCCAAAGCUGUUUCCUCUUCUUUUGGUCACUUGUGAAAUAUCAUUUGUUUCUUUUUUUAUGUACAGGAAACAUAGAGAGAUGCAGGUACCCUGCACAUGUGUUUGCAGUGCAGUGUGGAGAGCAGUACUCUUGAACUGUAAAUUUGGCUAGAUGCAAUAUAUGGACUUGUUUCUUUAAUUGAUAACCCUUUCAGAGAAGGUGGAAUUGAUGGAGAGGUCUGGUGAUGAGCUUUGGGAAGUGUUCAGGAAGACCAUGAUAGGCUUGUUUAAUAAUAUGCAGUUGACCUACAGGUGAAUGGUUUACAGUUCUUUCGAGAAUCCAUGUGAAUCUGCCAAAGGGGUUGGACAGCUAAAACUAAUAAAGUAUUAAAGCAAAGACAUCUCUUCGGAAGAGAAUCCAGAACCUUUGCAACAGAGUGCAGUAUUACAGAUGAAGUACUAGAUACAUUAUUACAGAUGAAGUACUAGAUACAUGCAGAUUUAACUAUUUGCAGUUCAUAACGGUCCCACAAAAAUGAUUAGAAUUACUGCCCUUGUCAGAGAAACUGGCAUGGUUGGUGGAGGUCUUGACCUGUUUGGUCUGCAGAAUGAUUACAUCUGGGGGCUGGAGACAAGAUGGCUUUGUGGAAAAGCAGAAAUAUUUGUGACAUGCUGGUGUUGUCUCAGAUUCAAGAUGUCUCAAAACUACACAGCAGAAUGCAUUUCUCCAGCUCAGUGACCUUACUCUGUACAAUACAGGAUGAACAAGUCUGGGACAAAACCAGUGCCUGAAUUUCCACCUGGCCAUGGGUGGGCCUGAUCCAAAAUCACUCUUAACAAGGGGAUUUAUCAAAAACUCGCGUAAGUUAAGUAACCUCCCCCCCCCCCACAUUUUAUUUGUUAAUGGCUUAGAACAGUUUGCUAGGAAGAUCUUCACUCUCCUCUAGCUAAAGGAAAGGCUACAGCUUCCUCCAGGGGUGUAUGGUUUUGCAGAGCUGGGUCAGCCGUGGGAAGUCAACAGCUUACAGUCUUGCAGGCUCAGAGAAGCAUAAAAUUGGCUUGUUAUGAGGCCCUACUGCAGGACUGACUGGGUGGUUUGUGGUUUCUGGGGCGAGGUGGAGAGCAGAAUUUGUUUUUAUUGAUGUUUGUUAAGUUUUUAGAGAGAGCAGGACUGGUCUGUAGCUUGUAAGAGUGUGCAGCUGGACUUCAUCCAGGCACAGGUGUGUGCAGCCAGCUCUACUGAGGUCUAGUGAUUUAAAGGCUUCUUGCAAAUGCCCUGUAACUUGCUCCUGAACAACACCUCAAUAGGCAAUAUAGUAUCCAUUUUUCUCUUUAUUUACAUUUUUUCAUUUUAAAAUUAAUCUCUGAUGAAAAUACUCUCUUGAAGACCUUUCCUAGUAACUACAAUAACAUUUCUUGAAGAGAGAACAAUGCGAAAGGAUGGCAGAGAAGAAAUAGGCAGUGCUGUGCAGGCUGGCACAUCCUUUCAACAGUGUCUUGUACCAAGUCACUAGGAUGGAGGGUUACUGGGUUUUGCUGGAUCUAAAACAGGAGACGGCACCUCACCGCUACCGGCUCUGUGUAACAUCAGACACCACUAGGGGCGAGAGAUUGUGCUGGCUCCCUCCUCUGGGAUGGGGUCUGCUCGCUUUGCUUGCUGUACACAGUCAAUAAAGUAUUUGGAAAAGCA